AUGUACUGCCGUUUUUAUCUCUCAUCCCGAGAGGGGGCCGGCAGACAAACGAUUAGCCGAGACAUUGUGGUCAUGAGGAAAUCCCUUCAAGAUAAUGAGGAUUUAGAACCAUUCAAACCGGGACCACUCGUACAAUUCAUUACCAAGCUCACCGUGCCUCUACUGGAGUUGACAAACUUCGAUUCCGGGUGGGUAAGGGCCGUUAGUCAGCCGGUGUUGAUUCGCUGUUGAGUUCCAAGUUCUGCAGUUGAUACCCACCCGCAGUCCCAUUUCAUGUACGCGUAUGCGCCAAAGUGGCCAACCAAAAACAUACCCAGGACCCCAGGAGCACCCGCAUAUAAACCCAAGUGCCACCACCGAAUAGAAGAGCGUUAA